AUGAAGCGUGAUGGCAGCAUGGCGUCGAGAUGGAAUAUGCACAUUCGACGCAACGAAUCUUCGCCGGGGCGGCCAAGCGCCGAGCCGCCCUCGGCCGUCGCCCAAGUCGACGUCUUCAUGUGUCUGCCGGCCGACACAGUGAAGGGGGCUUCGCUAGUCGACGACGUUUCCUUUAUACUACCCAUCACGUCGACCAUCGGCCAGGCUCGCCAGCCACAAACCAUCACGUUAUCAAGAGCCACGCCAUCUAAUACCCGGCAACCAUCGUCAACGCCCAUGGCGGACAUGGUGGCGGCAAGCAUGACGCCGGCCAUGGUCGACUCAGGGGCGAACGCGCAAAAUCAAGCCAAUGCCGGCAUGGGAGCGCCAGCGGCUGCCACCAUGAUGCCUGCCGCCGCUUCCAUGGCUUCGAACUCUCGAGCAGCAAGCUCGAUGCAACAGGCGGGGCAGGUUGGAGCGGCCGUCGCCCCGAUGGAGCCCAUGAUGAUCGAUCCGGCAAACGGACCGUUCCUGGGAGGAACUCCUACUUCCACGGACGACGUGCUCCUCACGGUCAUCUUCCUCAUUCUCUUUGCCCUGGGCGCUUUCACGCACAUUUCCAUCUACCGCGCAAACGCCAAGCGCGGCCAUAAGUUUCUGCUGUCGGAUCUCGUCUUCGAUUUCUGCAUGGUCCGAGCGGUGACCUGCAUAUUCCGCAUCAUCUGGGCCUUUUUCAGUCCGCGCGGCAUAAUACUGGUGGCGUUAAUCUUUGAAAACGGCGGCGCCGUUGUCGUCUUUGCCGUCAACUUAUUCUUCGCCCAGCGCAUCGUCCGGGCCAUGCAUCCGCGCAUCGGCUGGCACCCGGCGUUUGGAUACUUUUCCCUCUUCCUCAUCUUUUCCGUUCCAGCCAUCGUCGUCAUGAACAUUGCCGUCAUUUCCGUCAGCUUCUUUAGUGUCGGCAAGAUGGCCCGGCUACAGGCUACCGAGGAAGCACUCAAGUUCGGGGCCUCAUGGAACCUGAUGUUGAGCGUCAUGCCCCUUGUUCUAGUCUUCCUCGCCGCUGCCAUGCCGGGACCACCGCCCGAGAACUUUGGCAGCGGCGAAUUGCGGUGCAAGUCUACCGUGCUAGUUUUCAGUGCCGUGACCCUGGCGGUCGGGGCGGCUGUGCGGCUCGCAGCCUUGACGAAUCCCGAGGCUGGGUUGGCAAUGUCGCCGUUGUUCAGCAAAGCCGUAUUUUACGCCACUGGCUUCAUGCUCGAGAUUUUGACCGUCGUCGCAUACGCCUACUUUCGCGUCGAUUUACUCUUUCAUAUCCCCAACGGAGCCAGCAGACCUGGGGACUAUUCGGCCGGCUCAGGGGAUAAAAUUCUUGGGGCCCAGUCGUGGUCUGCACGUGAGAUUGAGAACGAAUUUGCCAGGCUCGGAAUCCGCUACGAGCGUCUAAGGGGCUCCGGGGGAUCCCAAAACAACGAGUUCAUUGCUAUAUUCUAUCCGGCUUCCAACCAACCAGACAUGUCAGGUGGCCUACCAGGUUCGCGAGGAACCGACUUUCAGUACGGGGAUGCAGAGUUGUCGCCGAGAAACGUCACGAGAGUAGGCCGAAGGCAGACCAUUAUGGAAUCUGUCAGGCCGCCGCGACCGCAGAGACCGACCAGUGAGACUUUCUACAUGACUGAAAAGUUACCUCCCAGUCAGUUUGACGACUGA